AUGAAAGACAGGGUGUACAUUCCCGGACCCAAACCCCUGCCGGUGGUGGGAAACCUGUUCGACAUCGACCUCGAGCAUGGCCUACAGUCCAUUAUCAAACUUGCCAACCAGUUCGGACCCCUCUUCCAAAUCACUAUCAAUGGCGAGAAGCAGAUAUUUGCGACCAGCCAAGCCCUAGUCGAUGAGCUCUGUGACGAAGCCCGCUUCCACAAGGCCGUCGUCGCUGGAAUCGAGAAACUACGAAUGCUGGCCAACGACGGCCUGUUCACUGCCCACCACGGAGAGCGCGGCUGGGGUAUUGCCCAUCGGAUUUUGAUGCCUGCCUUUGGCCCGCUACGGGUCCGGGACAUGUUCGAGGAUAUGACCGAUGUCGCGCAGCAGUUAUGUUUUAAGUGGGCCCGCCAGGGGAGUUCGACCAGUAUCAAUAUCGCCGAUGACUUUACACGCCUCACAUUAGACACCAUCGCUCUCUGUACGAUGAGCUUCCGGCUGAAUAGCUUUUACAACAAUGAGACUAUGCACCCGUUCGUGCAAUCCAUGCUGUACGUGCUGAAGGAAGCCGAACUUCAGUCCGCGCUUCCUGGGAUCGCAAACUCUAUGCGUGUCAAGGCACAGCGGCGCAUGUCCAGGAAUAUCAAGGCGAUGAGGAGCAUGGCCCGCGACAUCAUCAAAGAGCGCAGAGACAAACAAGAGUCAGUCGACGACCUCCUGAAUACGUUGUUGAACGGGCGGGACCCAGUCACCGGCGAAGGCAUGAACGAUGACUUGAUCAUCAGCAACAUCAUUACCUUUCUAAUCGCGGGUCAUGAGACCACCUCCGGCCUACUCUCGUUCACAUUCUACUACCUGCUGGAACACCCGCAUAUUUUGGAUCGGGCCCGGAACGAAGUCGAUACAGUGGCCGGCGUGGAACCGAUCACGCUGAAACAUCUCACAAAGCUUCCCUACAUCGACGCCAUCAUGAAGGAGAGUCUGCGCCUGAUGCCUACCGCCCCGGGCUUUACCGUCACCCCGAAGAAGUCAGAGGUGCUAGGUGGAAAAUGGACAAUCAAUCCCGGACAGUGCAUCAACCUGCUGCUGCCUGUCUGUCUGCGAGACCAGACCGUCUUUGGGCCCGACGCGGACGAGUUUCGCCCGGAACGCAUGCUGGAAGAAAGCUUUUCCAAGCUCCCACCCAACUCGUGGAAGCCCUUUGGCAAUGGCGAACGCGGCUGCAUUGGCAGGGCCUUUGCCUGGCAGGAAGCCCAACUGGUGGUUGCCUUGGUCCUUCAAACGUUUGACUUAGUGGCAGAUGACCCGUCCUACGAACUGCGCAUCAAGGAGACUCUCACCAUCAAGCCUGAUGGCUUCCGUGUCCGAGCUACUUUGCGUCGCGGUCAGAGUGCCACGGGGCUAUCCCAGCGCAGUAUGUCGGUUGGCGCUGCUGCAAGCCCGGCAUCAUCAACUCAUCUCCCCGGGAAUGGGAACGGCCGCGGUGCGGCCGGAGGACAGCCGGUUUCAUUCUUCUACGGCUCCAACAGCGGAACGUGCAAAGCUCUCGCCCACCGGCUGGCAUCGACCAUGAUGGCCCGCGGCUUUACCGACCAGAAGCUUGCCCCGCUCGACAGUGCCGUCGACAAUCUGCCGAAAGAUCAGCCGGUGGUCAUCGUAACCACCACCUACGAUGGGCAGCCCACUGACGAUGCGAAGAAGUUUGUCACCUGGCUCGAAAGCGGCAAUGUACCGUCUCUUCAAGGCGUGUCCUACGCAGUCUUUGGCUGCGGCCACCAAGACUGGACCAAAACAUUCUAUCGCAUCCCUAUCUUGAUCGACGACCUCAUGCAUAAGGCCGGAGCAACGCGUCUCGCGACGCGAGGCGCAGCCAACGCCGCCAUCAGCGAUCUCUUCUCGGAUCUCGAAGCGUGGGAAGAAACCAGCCUGUUACCCGCCCUCCAGAAGACGUUCCUCGCAUCCAGCAGCACAGACGUCAAACCACUCGACCCGCACCAGCUCCAAAUCAGCCUCAGCAAGCCCACGAGGGUGGGCAUGCACCAGCAUCUCGUCGAGGCCAAGGUGACCGCCAUCCGGGUCUUAACAAGCCCCGGGACCCCGGAGAAGCGACAUGUGGAGUUUUGCAUCCCGGGCGAAACGACUCUAUGCCCAGGCGAUCAUCUAAAUGUUCUCCCGGCCAAUCCGCCCAGCACAGUUUCGAGAGUCCUGGCUCGAUUCCAUCUCGCACCGGAUCACAGCAUCACGAUCAACUCGUUCAACGCGCUCGGUCUGCCCCAUGCAACGCCUGUGUCGGCGGCCGAACUAUUCAGCUCGUAUCUGGAGCUGUCCCAACCGGCAACGCGGAAUAAUCUCAAAGCACUCGCCUCAUCCGCACCGUCAGAUGAGGACAAACAAGAGUUGCUCCGUUUUCACGAUUCCUACGAUUCACUCACCCGAGAUAAGCGCAUCUCGAUCUUGGAUCUCCUAGAACAAUUCCCCUCCAUCCAACUCCCUAUCGCCGCAUUUAUCCCAAUGCUUCCCCCUUUGCGCGUCCGCACGUACUCCCUUUCCAUGGCCCCCUCCAUCAAGCCCUCGCACGGCUCGCUCACCUUCUCCGUCGUCAACGAGCAAGCAUGGAACGGCAAUGGCCGGUAUCUCGGCGUCGGAUCGAACUAUCUCGCCUCGCUCACAUUAGGGUCUAUUCUCUACAUAUCUCCGCGACCAGCCAAAGACGCUUUCCAUCUUCCGACGGACCAGUCUAGCAAACCGAUCAUCAUGAUCUGCGCAGGGAGUGGCCUUGCCCCCUUCCGCAGCUUUAUCCAAGACCGCAUGGUCUGGCUGCAACAGGGCAAACCACUCGCAAAGGCGCUAUUGUUCUUCGGCUGUCGGGGUCCCCAUUUGGAUGAUCUUUACCACGAGGAAUUAUCCGAGUUUGAAUCCGCGGGCGUAGUUGAGGUCAGGAGGGCGUAUAGUCAAGCCUCGGACUACCACUCGGCAAAAGGAUGCCGGUAUGUGCAACACCGGUUGAUGGUGGAAACCCAGGCCAUCCGGGAUCUGUGGGCUCGGAAUGCGAUAGUCUAUGUCUGUGGUUCAGGGACUAUGGCCAAAGAGGUCAAGGCUGUGUUGGAGAAUACUCUGGGGACAUUGUCUGAGGAGCGAUAUGUUGCGGAGAUUUUCUAG